CUAUAAGAGCUAAGGAGAGUGUGAGCCGUGUUACAUUCUUCCUCUUCUCUCUGCGACCCUGUUGAUCACACACACAGAGGCGAGCGAUAAUGGCACCCUGCAGCCUUCCACUGCUGGCCGUGGCCUGCCUGUCUCUGUUGGUCACAGCUCAGCCCACCUGGGGGGACCAGGACAUCCCCUCCAUGUUCAGAGAGAUCAUGGACACUGUGGCAGAGCUGAAGGUCAAGUCUGACCUAACAGCCAGCGUGCUCGCUAUGAAAGAGAGAAUGGAAUCCAUGGAGAAAGAGCUGCAGGCACUGAAAGACAUUCCUAAGGUGGCGUUCGCAGCAUCACUGGGAGGCAAUGGACUCCAAAAGGCAGGAGACUUUAACAAAAAGCUGGUCUACAGAGAGGUCUUGACAAAUGUUGGUGGUGCAUACAACGUAGAGACAGGUGAAUUCACGGCUCCGGUUCGUGGAGUCUACUACAUCCGGUUCACGGCCAACGCUCCUACGGACGUCACCUUGAGCUCCAUGCUGUAUAAGAACGGCGCCAAAGUCAUUCUGGCCGCUCACGAGAGUCCGUCCGGCGAGGGCAGCGACACGGCGUCUAACGGAGCCACUCUGCUGCUGGAGGAGGGAGACAGUCUGCAAAUGAUGCUGUGGGCCAACACCCAGGUCUGGGACAACGCCAACCACCACAGCACCUUCAGCGGCUUCCUCCUCUUCCCCAUGCCACAGCAGCUGAAGCAAUAAGUUACAUCCCUCCUCUUCCCCAUGCCACAGCAGCUGAAGCAAUAGGUCUAUAUCCCUCUUCCCCAUGACACAGCAACCAGAGACAGACCUACAUCCCUCCUCUUCCCCAUGCUACAGCAGCUGAAGCAAUAGGUCUAUAUCCCUCUUCCCCAUGACACAGCAACCAGACAGACCUACAUCCCUCCUCUUCCCCAUGACACAGCAACCAGAGACAGACCUACAUCCCUCCUCUUCCCAUGCCACAGCAGCUGAAGCAAUAGGUCUAUAUCCCUCUUCCCCAUGACACAGCAACCAGAGACAGAGGUGUACAUACACAGUAGCAUUGUUUUCAACUGUUGUUAAAUCAUUGACUGAAUUAAAAAUAACAUUGAGGUGAAA